UCCAUUUGCUGGUGACCACGUGACUUUAUGUUUACAUCCUCACAGCUGUUUCUUCGGCGUCUGGAAGGCAGAACUAAACCGAACUCUUUUUUAAUAUAUACGUGCAAUUCACAAAAUUAUUAAUUUUAGUACGUUGACAAAAUCUUUUUCCGAUUUUGUCAUCAGCUUUUAACACUCUUGCUUGUCGACUAACUGCAACGAAAGAGAAUAGGCAUCCAGGCCUUUAAAGUGUUUGCGUGGCCUUUCCAGACACACUAACGUUUGAGUGCGUAAUACAAGUAACUCGGUGUUGUGGGCGCCGCUGUGAAAAUAACAGUAAAAAUCAGAUGCCUGGCGGAGAUCCUUUGUUGCUACCGUGAUGGCGUCAGUGGAAAGUUUUCGCACAGUGUUGCUGUAAGGGAUCAUUUGUCAAUUAGAACCGAAGAACGAAAGCUUUGAAAUCGAGAGAAUGAUUUCAUCUUUGACAGAACAUCUGGAAAUAGCUGCCUCCUGUAAAGAGAUGUGGUCCACACAGCAAAUACUACUCCUUGGAUUUCCAUGAUGAGGAACAUGCUUGUGAAAGAAUAGACUCGGAUUAAGCUGAGUGUUCAGUGAGGUGAUACUUAAGUCUUACUCAUUUCAGAUUUACUAGAGAACAGGGAAAUUUGACAACAAAGGACUUUAUCAGAUCUACACUUGCUGUGAUGAUCUGAUAAACUGCUUAAAGAGUACCAACACAUCACUUAAGUGGCCUCUCCAUGUGGCAGCGUUGCUUGUUGUAGUGAAAGAGAAGAUCAAAAGUUGCUGAAAGUUUGAAGGCCAGAGAGCUCUCUCCUUCACCAGCCAUGGGAGGAGCUGUGAGUGCUGGAGAGGAUAAUGAUGACUUGAUUGACAAUCUUAAAGAGGCUCAGUAUAUACGCACUGAGAAGGUGGAACAAGCCUUUCGAGCCAUCGACAGAGGUGAUUACUACCUAGAGGGUUACAGAGAGAACGCCUACAAGGACCUGGCCUGGAAGCAUGGAAAUAUUCACUUGUCAGCACCAUGCAUUUACUCUGAGGUGAUGGAAGCACUGAAACUUCAACAGGGAUUGUCUUUCCUUAACCUAGGAAGUGGAACAGGAUACUUGAGUACUAUGGUGGGCUUAAUUAUAGGUCCAUUUGGUGUUAAUCAUGGUGUUGAGCUGCAUACUGAUGUUGUGGAAUAUGCCAAGGAAAAACUGGAUGACUUUAUUAAGAAUAGCGAUAGCUUUGAUAAAUUUGAGUUUUGCGAACCCAGCUUUGUAGUUGGGAAUUGCUUAGAAAUUUCUUCAGACAGUCAUCAGUACGACCGUAUCUACUGUGGAGCAGGAGUACAGAAGGAUCAUGAGAACUACAUGAAAAUCUUACUUAAAGUUGGUGGCAUUCUUGUCAUGCCAAUAGAGGAUCAGCUGACUCAGAUAACAAGGACAGGUCAGAGCACAUGGGAAAGCAAAAAUAUCCUUGCUGUAUCAUUUGCACCUCUUGUUCAGCCAAACAGAACAGAUGGAAACAAGCCAGAGACUGUAAAGCUACCCCCAGUCUCUGUAAGAAACCUGCAGGAUUUGUCUCGCAUUUACAUUCGCCGCACGCUUAGAAACUUGAUUAAUGAGGAGAUGCAGGCCAAAGGCACACCCCAGAAAAUGCCCCAGAAACGCAAAAGAAGACGGUGCCGCAGGCAUCGGAUCAAUACAUAUGUUUUUGUGGGAAACCAGCUCAUCCCUCAACCUGUAGAGAGUGAAGAAGAUGAAAGAAUGGAGGAAGAUAAUAAAGAAGAGGAAGAAAAAGAUAGCAAUGAGGGCUUGAAGCAAGAAGAACCUCCCCAGAAUAUUCUCAGAGAAAAAAUCAUGACUUUGCCUUUACCUGAAUCACUAAAAGCAUAUUUGACAUAUUAUAGAGAAAAAUAACUCACUGCACUGACAUUCAUUCUGAAAAGCUGUAACACCUGCUGAGACUCUUUACUUUUUUUUCCUUGAAAAUGUAGCAUUGUUUUGAUUUACCAUGUAGGAGAAGCUGUUAAGAUGGAAAGGUGCCACAAAUUAAGUCACUGUCAAUAAUGUGCUGAGUAUUAAGACUGGAUUGAUUUGGAAGAGUAUUGAAAAUCCUGUGUUUACUAGUGAACAUGAGAAAAAAAAAACUGUUUCAGUACCGUUUCAUCAAAAUAGAGUCCUCCAGGUCCUGUGGACAUAGAAUUUUCUAUGUUUCACAUAUGUAUUAGAAAUAAGGAUAAAAAUGCAUUUUGCCGAUUUCAGACGGCUAAAACAAAUUAUUGUUGUUAUAAACAAGCUUCAAAUAAUAGUAUGUACCCACAAGGGUUUAGCACAAACAUUUAGAUGCUUUAAAUAAAGUUUUUCUCAAGAUUUCCAAAGCUUGUAUGGAAAACCUUAAAAAUGAUUAAAUAUACUUUUGCAGACAUUUUGCUAUCAUUUAAGUAAUCAAUCUUGAAUACAUAAGGUGUUACAAUUAUUUGAGUUUUUGCCUUUGAUAAAAUAUGUAGAUUUGUCUUGGCAUAUUGUGGAAAUGCACUUUACUUCAGUUUUUGUUGGUUAUGAGAACAGAACUAUAUCUACUUUUAAAGUAAAUUUCAGAACAAUGUUUUGGAGUAACAACCACAGUUAAAUUGAUCUUUUCCCUUCGAUUUAUAAAAUUGGUUACUGUGGAACUCUGGGACCUUCAUAGAAACAAGUUGGACUUUCCUAAAUUUUGUAAAAACAUUUUACUCUGUCUUUUUACUUGAUGGAGUUUAUAUGUCAGUUGCACUUUCCUGAGUUUAUUAGACUUUGCUGACUGGCGAAGUUUUGGGAAAGACAAUGACAGGGGAGGGGUAUUAUGAUAAAGAUUAUGUUAAUAUUUAGUAUUAUGUGUGGAGUAAAUGAAAAACGAUUUGCUUAGGUGAUCAUUUGAUGUGCAGGGAUGCUUUUACAUUCCUUAAGUGCUUAAAAAGACAGAUUAGGUGUAGUGAAUGACCAUGUUUUAUUUGUAUACAAAAGAUUUUAGUCUACUUCUAGAUACAUGGCAAUGCAGUGCUCCUUGAUCACAACCAGCAUUUUCUUGUGUUUUCAUGUGUAGUUCACUUGUUGUUUUUUCCUGAUGUAGCUGAAUAUAUACAUGUAGGUUCUCUUUUUUUUUUACUUCAUGUAAAAAAAACAUGAAAAAAAGAGAUCUGUAAGGGAGGUGAGUAAAAUAAAAGGCAUGUUGUUAGACUGUGGGAGUUUCAACCUUGAUAAUAUCCAUUUGGCUCCAGCUACUGUAAUGCCAGCAAUGAUCUUAAAAAUGUUCUCCAUUGCAGUGGAUUAUGGAAGCUGUAGAUUUGUUUAUUGUAUUAUGUUGAGAGUCAUUACCUCCCGUUAUCACUGUAUGCUGAAGAGGCCUUUCAUUUUUAGUAGCAAUAGCAUACAUAAAAAGCAUUGGGAUGUAGUUUCUUGGACACUAAAUGUAAUUAAU